CGCCAUAUUUGCGCGUCGAUUUUCCCAUCCUCCGCCUUCCACAGACAAGCCCCCUAUAGCCGAAGUACUUUUUUACAACUGUGGCUAGUGGGAAAAGGGAAAAAGAUUUUAUUCGUGCGCGCCCUAGUAGGAAAAUUUUCGUGCAUUAAGGACAUAUUUUCAUCCGCCUACAUCCAUUAGGCCGAUACAUUACCGUGUGUUGUGUUAUUUUAUUCUGGAUAAACCCAAGUGGACGAACCUAGGGUUCGCCGACGUUCGUGAUUCGAAGGCUCCAGUAUAUCCUUUAUUGUGUAAUAUUUCGAGCUAGUGACAAACGUUUGAGUGAACAAAUCAGUUGUGCUUUGUUGGCACAUACAAGUUCUUUUUUACAAACUAAUUAAAGCAAAGAGGAAUUAAUAGCAUUUCAUCUGAAACUUUUCAUUUGGUGGCAAGUUCAGUAAUUCUCUUUUGUUGAGUAUUUUUCAUUUGUGUGGAGUAAACCCUCUUGGUUGGGUGUUGGGAACAUCAAGACAUUGCGACUGUCAAACCAAAAGGAGAAGAAUACCCGAGGAGUACUAAUACUUUUGUUUCUUUUACAUUGAACUCAGCCCAGGGCAAAGGUUCGUUCUGUGGGUGUGAAUCUGAGUGCCUCAUGUUGGGGAUUGUGCGUCCAGCAUGUCCACAUCGACCACUUCUGUCAGUGCUACCAAGGGGGAGAAAGGCAAAGCAAAAUAUGCAGCGCUAAACAUUAACAACUUGUACAAGGGUAACUCUAUCGAGCCACAGGCUAAAACUGUAGCCCCCAAACAUGGCAUGCAAAGUCUGGGCAAAGUGCCCAGUGCUCGACGGGCCCCGCAACCUGUCAACUUGCCUAGUCUGAAAUCCGAGAGUGGCGUAACCGCUCCCGAAUCCUCCAACUCUAAUUCCUCGUCUUCAUCCACCAGCGGCGGAGGUGGAAGUAGUGGUGCAGCACCCCCUACUUCUUCAGCUCCACAGACUACUCCCAAUCCAGCGGGAUGGACUGGAAGUGCUCAAGAAGCGGCGGCACCACCGGCUGCAGCCGGAAGCAAACAGCCACCCCAAUCGCAAUCGCCAGCUCCAGCAGGAGUCGUUGCACCAGCGACGGGGCCUCUUCCAGCAGCUGCUGCAACACCAGGUCAACAGGCGUCGAUUUCUGCACAGCCCAGACAACCCCCAGUUUCCACAUUUCUAGAGAGGAAAUUUCAACAAGACUUUCCUUCCCUGACGGCGGACGCGCAAGCUUCUGGCCCACCAGUGAAAAGACCGGUCGCACCGCAGCCACCGACAGCGGUUGCCGGGCCUGUUCCUGUCUCGCCAUCGGAAAUUCCGCGUCAGGAGUCGCCCCAGCCACUGCAGUACGGUCCAGGUCCGAGUCUACGACCACAAACCGAAGGCAGUUGGGUACAGGGCGGGAGGCCGUCAAAUAUUCCACCUUCUCAAGGGGGCCCAGGUGUCGUCGAUGGCUCGGCUGGGCAGGCUGCAAAUGUUUUGCCUCCGGGCCAGGUCGGCCCGCGCGGCAUUCCUGUACACCCAGGCCAAAUUGCUGGCCAACCUCAUGCGCUGCGAUCCGUCAUGCCUCCUUUCAUGUUCCGCGGUGGACAGAUUCCUCCGGGAAACUAUCCAGCAGGCCCAUACCCGGGUCCAGGUCAUUACGGGCCUCGAGGCCCGGGCGGUCCGCCCGGUAGAUAUCCUGCACCCCCCUCUCAAGAAGCACGUUACCGACAAGGAGUGCGGAUGGCAAAUCCGGCUGCUAACCAGAAUGAUCCAGAUCUGUAUCCUCGCCCAAUCAUCAAAGAAGAAGAUCUUCGACGAAUGGAUGAGAUUUCGGGCGACGACGGCUGGGCGGCUUUGCAGGAUGAACCCGAUUACGAUAAGAAACUCGACGACGAUGAACCGAACGAACAAGUGCGUAACGGCCAACAAAGUGGUGCAUCGGUGGCUAAUGCUGCUGCAGCAGCAGCGACGGCCGUCGAAGAAGAAUCAAAGGCGGAUCGCGAUGGAAAAUGGGCCGACAAUAUUCAAGCUCAAGGUCGGGCUAUUUCGACACAACCUGUUCCCAGUGUUCACACCAGGGAUCGUGCGACGGCCGUGCAGGCUAGUGGAACUCAGCCCAUUCGCCAUCCUCAUCAACAGAAUAAUAGCCGGCCAAUCUCAAUAGAUGAAGACGACUUCUGGAGAGAACAACAAAGACAACAGAAGAACGUAGAAAUUAAAGCUGCCCAGCGCGCAAAAGAAAUGAGGGAAGAGGAAGAACGCCGAUUCGAACAAACCAAACAAGGAGAUCGUAACAGGGAAUCUACCACUGACGUCGAACCGAGAACCGGAUUGAAUCAGAGAGAUCGUGAUCGUGACCGGGAACGCGAUCGAGAACGUGACAGGGAACGUGACCGUGAGCGCGAUCGAGAACGCGAUCGGGAACGUGAUCGGGACCGUGACCGGCAUCUGGAUGAUCGUGGCCCAGACAGGGAUAAAUACGAGCGAUCUGGAUUGGGUAGAUCAGGAAAUGAUCGGUCAGACUACUCGUAUAAUAGCCGUAAUGCUCCGCCACAACCUCAACUUCCGCCAAGAUUUUUGAGGCAAAGACAACAGCAAGCUGCUAGUGGCGGCGCUGGAGUCGGAAGAAUGGAUGAGAACGAUCAACGAGGCCCGCCUCCAAAAGAGAUACGGUUGCGAGAUAGAGAUGAUCGGGAACGUCCGCAACCUCCAAGUAUGGAUCGCAGCAAUAGUUAUGAUUCUCGCGGAGGCGGUAGCAGUGGGCGUGAUUGGCAUCAAGAUCGAGACAGAGAAAGAGACAGAGAUCAUGAACGUGACCGUGAACCACCGUAUAAAAGAUCUGGAGAAAAUUGGCAGCGAGCAGAUCCGGAGAAAAGACUCAGCGAUGGUCGAAGUCAUCGCCCAGAGUUACCUGUUCGGGAUCGUGAAUGGACCGAAAAAGAAAAUAUUGUCAUCAAACGCAAAGAUGCCAAAACAUCCGAGUCUGAUGCCGUGGAACAGGAUAGACCCAACAGCCGUAAUAGUCGGUCUAGUCUCAAAGAUGAAGGGGGCAAAGAAAAGGGUAUUCUUCCUACCCUCAUGACAGAAAUUGUGUCGUGGGCAGAUGAACCCGGGGAAGAUGAACUCCCUCUUCCCUCUAGUACCCAUACUGAUCGUGGAUUCAGUGAAGAACGACGCAUUCAAAGUGGUGGCAAAGCCCAUGGCGCGCACCAUCAUGCACCUGCUCCCAUUCCAAGAGAAAGACUCGAAGCUGAUGUUCGUUCGGAAAACAAACAAAGCAAUUUCGUUUCACUUCGCCGGUUACCUGGACGAGAAGGCCAGUCACUUCCAGCACAGCAACCAGCCACUACUCACGGUGAUGUACGAAGCAGUUCAGUCCCUCAUUCUACCAAUACCAACGCCCAUGAUGAGGCGGAUAAAAAGCAACAGCAGCAGAGACCGCCCGCUGACGGUGUUCAAAAUGUCUGGGCGACUCGCUCGAAAAGCCGAGAACAAGCUCCGGAACCGGCAAAAAUCGUCGAAGAGAGGUCGGCCAGUACAGAGACGGGUGAUGAUUCGGAUCGUAAGGGCCCUGCUAAAGAAAUGCGCAUUAGACCAGUUAGUUCGGUGACACAAAAAACCGGCAAUAGUAGCAGUAGCAAUGCGCAAUCUGUUACCAAUAACGCAUCCAAUGCUGCGCCUUCAGGUAGAAGAACUGGGCCCGGUCAUCGCCGUCGAGAAUCGAACUCACGAUAUUCAGACAGUUACGAUGAAUACUAUGAAGAAGAAGGUGCCCAUUAUCGAACGAAUGAACAGCAUGUCGAAAAGAAACACAUGGAAGCUCCUAGGAAGAGCAAAUCUCCUGAUGAAGAGGAAGCCCAGAAGAAGGAUCAUGCUAGGGGUGGAGGAGCAGGAAAUAAUCGAGGUCCGCUUCCAGCAGCAGGUGCGGCGCCUUUCCGCAACAGGAGAGGUAAUGGUCGUGGUGGAUUUGACGAUGAGGAGCAGCCGCAUACUCGCAACAAAGAUAGCCAGCAGCAGCAACAACAACGUCCUCCCCGUUUCCAGCAGCAAGACGAUUCCGUUAGUGGGUCGAAUGCGAGAAUCGACCACAAGAUUAAAGAAGAGCCAUGGGAGAGUGGUCAUUCAGAGCAUAGCGACUCGGCACACAAUCGAUCAAACAGACAGCGUGGCGUAGGGGCAGGAGGUGGACGCGGUAGUGGAGGCAGUAGUGCUGCCCCUGUCGGUGGCAAUGAUAGGCGUCCUCGUGGGAAACCUGAUCAUAAUGAUUAUUAUAAAGAAUCGGAAACAGCCGGUGGAACAUCGUCCAACUUGGCGUCAAUCAAGGAUUUAUCAUCUACUGCCGAUGAUAAGGACCACGACAGGAAAGCUAAAGACCGUCCACAGCAACUGAACCAGGAUGAUGGCUUAAAGCGCCCGGCGGAACCACGUGGCGAUAGAAGAAAUGAGCCUAAAGAUAUGCGAGACAACAGAGAUAACCGUGAUCGUGGUGAACGAAACAGAAAUGAUCGCGAUCGAGGCGACCGAAUCGAACAACGGGAUAAUCGUGAUCGAGCUGGAGGAAGGAAUGAUGAAAGAGGAAAUCGUGGAGGACAGGCUUCCAAAGCUUCGGAGAACCAACGCUACGAGCAGAGGGUUAAGACAAACCUUCCUCCUCGUCUGGCAAAACUGGAUAAUCGCCAUAAAACCCAGAAAUCUGAUAAUGCUGAACCGCAUGAAGGAAUGCCUCAAGUGAAGGAGAGCACUCCACCGGUCCAGCAGCAACAACAGCAAAUGGGUGGGACAGCAUGGGAAAAGGCUGGAGGUGCGCCUUCGCCUGGACUGACAAAUGCUAUGGCUUCAAUGGCAUUGACCGACUCGAGCGUAGACAAAGCGACCGAAGAGAGCGCAGUUAUCCUAGAUGGGACUACACCACCGGCUCAGACCAUCAUAUUCGAAAACACAAAUUUUAAGAGUUCGUCGGCGGAAUUGGCAAAAGGAAGAGGCACACCCCCUACCCAACAAGGAGGGCUCAAAGGACCCUCUUCUAUGCAGCAGCAUAAGAUUUCAGAUGCUAAGGCAUCAGCCCCCGCAACUGCUGCUGUCAGUGCUGCUUCCAAAGGUGAUACUGGACAAAUGGCAGCGAUGGCUGCCGGUGUAGGUGGCAAUAGUGGGUAUCAAGGAGCUGGCAAUCUUCAGCUAGCUGUUGGUUGCAAUAAAUCUGCAAUCGGUGUCGGAACCAAUUCUGCCGUUCCUAGAAUCCAACAUAUAGCCGCAUCCAGCGUCCAGUCGCCCAUCUCCCCUUCUACGGCCGAACUCAAUAUGAAAAUCGCAUCCGUUAAAAAGGUUUGGGAUAUGCCAACUGUUAUGGAACAUCACGGAGAAGAUCCAAACCAGGGAGUCAAUCCAAAUGUAGUGCCUGGAGCUUAUCCAGUCGGUUACGAGACAGAUCCAUCUGUCGACAUGACGCAAGAUGUCUAUGGCGCACAGCAGCAGGCCAAGAUGGACAGUUCAGGUGUGAACAACGUCUGCAAGGUCAAGCCACAGCAGCAACAGCAACAAGCAGCGAUGGCUUUGGCUGCUCAACAAGCCAUGUCGUCUUCACCUACCUUCAGCGGGGCGCCAUCGUGUAACACUCCGUCUGUGGCUGCCGCCGCAGCAGCGGCCGUCGCAGCCGCUGCCGCCGCUGCCGGACCCGGUGGAUUAGGCUCAGUUGGGCCGUUGGGCUAUCACCAGUUCAGUGGCAUGCCUGCCGUUCCAUCUCCUCCAGCUGCAAUGGUGUACGGUUCAGCGCCAGGCCAGCAGCUACAGGGUGCUCCUCAGGCUGGCAUCUAUGGGCCGUUUUUGGAUUCGAAUUCUCAGUUUUCGCUGUUGCAAGUGCUCAACGGUCCAGGCAAUCCAGGGCGAUCACAAUUUUCCCAUUUCAUGUCUCCAGCUGCUCACGGUAUGGGUGUCGGGCACGCUGGUCUCUCUAAUCUGGGCAGUUUAAGCAACGCUGCCGGCGCGGGUCCAUUCGCUGCCCAACAGAACCUUUUGUUUCAGCAACCGCCUCCACCAAGCCCAGCUGCACCUCCUAACGCUGCAUCUGGUGGUGCUUCAGGAGGCCACGUGCCACCCUCGGUGGCUGCGAUGAAUGAUUUGUACCAGUCAUCGCAAUACCGGCUACAGGGUCAUGGGCCUUUCGCUGGCCAGUCACAACACAAUAGUCCUGGACCGAUGUUGAUAUCCAACAACACCUCGCUCGGUCUCAAGUCUUCUUCGUAUGGUUCUAUCGGCCAAUCCAUUCACGGCUCAAUCGGCACCAAAUCAGCCUAUCAACAGCAACCAUCCAGCCACCAACCUUCGCCGAUGUAUUAUCCUUAUGACCCAAGUCAACCAUUGAUGAAUAUGGGACAAGUGAGUCAAAUGGGUGGCCAAAGUUACUUGUCGCAAUCGCAGCUUCUAUCGCAACCGCGAACGGCUCCGCCUCCACAGGUUCAAGCCAUUCAACCACCGCCAUCGUCGUUCUAUUCGAGUGGUGCUGGCCAAAACAACCAGAACGCUGGAUACUAUAGUCAACAACCUGGUGGCCCUAGUCUUCAACAAAUGGGACAAGGCCCCCCAGCCGCUCCUGGCCCUUUUUCGCUGCCGGGAUUUGCAUCCCAAGCCGGUCUGCAAGCAUACGCGCAUAGGGCUAAUCAACAACAGCAACAGCAGCAACAACAACAGCAGCAGCAACAGCAGCAACAACAACAACAGCAGCAGCAGCAACAGCAGCAGCAGCAGAUGCCAACGCAGCAACAGCAGCAGCAGUAUAAUCUUAACAUGGCUGGGCGUUAUCCGCCGCGGAACGGUCCUGGUCCCAUGUGUACGAGCCAAAUACCUCCAUCUGGACCGUUGGGUGGCCUACAAUUUGCAAAACCUACUCAUUCUCCAUCAGGGCCCAGCCCUUCUCCUGCUGGAGCGGCACCGUCUCCUGCCCAAUACAUGUCUGGACAACUAGACAACAUUGGAAGUAGUCAGAGUGGAGGGGAGAAAAUUGACAUUGUUCAGCAACAAAGUGGUUCUGGAACGUCUCCCAAAUCGAGAAAUAAAGUUCAACAACAGGCCGCUAAUCAACAGCAGCAGCAGCAACAACAGCAACAACAACAGCAACAUCAACAGCAGCAGCAACAACAACAACAGCAGCAGCAAAUGCAUCCGAUGAACAAGUUUGCUGGCAGCUCGCAUUCGAGUGGUGCCUACCCUGGACCGCCCUCGAUUCGACAACCUUUUGUUUCCGUCCGAAGCGCUCCUCCACCGCCUCAACAAACAUCAGGCAGUAACUCAAGCAACAUGAUGAGUUCUGGCGGAAGCACCAGCAACAAUGCGCCAAGGUAUCCAACACCGAUUCAACGACCGACUGCCCCUACUGGAAAUAUGCAACAACAUCCGCCGCCAUCGUUGCAUUCGAGUGGUCCUCCCGGAGCUCCCGGAGGUGGCUUAGGAGCCCGACCUAGAGCACCCAAUCCGCAUCCGGCUCGAAUUCCCGGCUCGGGUUCGGCACCUGGUCACCCCUCUCAAAUGAAAAGCAACGCAUCUAAUAGCUAUGCGAUGACGACGAAUCAGCAUGACAAAACGACGUCCACCAGUAGCAAUGCUACCACACCGACAUCUGCGACCACGUCUGGCAGCACGGCAACAUCUUCGUCCGACGACAAGCCUCAGCGCAAGGGAGGUAAUAACGGGCCGGAUGCUCCUGCGAAGACAGCUUCUAGUGAUGCAAGCAACAAGGAUAGCAGUGUUAAAGCUGACGGUCCCGCCGCUUCCGUCACUAAGUGAAUUUCAGGAGAUAAAAUUUAACAAACAAAAAAAGAAAAAAACUCAAAAAAAAAAGUGCUGUGCAAGUUUUCUUUGAUGGACUCGAUUUCCUAGGUGGAAGAUUUCACAGACUUUCUUUUUGCAAAGCUGACGCACGGGGAAAAAAAAAAAAUUAAAAGCGUAAGAGGAUAACUUGUCUUUUCUGUUGGACAAACGUCUUGUGCUUAGCCCUGCUGCUGCCGCCCUAACUCCCCUUUUUCUUCUUUGAUCCUUUGUACUUUUUCCCCCGACUGAUCAUCUUUUUUCUUGUUCCCGCACACACCUCGUUUAUUCGCGACAAAAGCAAAA